GUCAGCUUUUGCCAAAAAAGAAGUAUAUUAAAUGCUAAUAUGCAGUCCUUAAGGCUACAUAUAGCAUUAACCUUCAUUCAUAUCAUAUGUACAGCAAAACCAAGUUUUUUUUUUCUUUAAAAUUUAAGCAUUUGUUAGUUCUGUAGACCGUAGCAAUUUUUUUUUGAAAACAGACCGUAGCAAUUUAAUUCAAGUGUAUGAUUGAACAUGUUUCAAAAAAAAAAAAAAAAAAAAGGUAUGAUUGAAUUUGAACCUCUCUCUUUUAUUUUGGUGAAGAGGACGUAGGCCUACUUGUUCAGGGAAAAAGUCCAACUUUGUUAAUGGUGAAGAUAUAAGAGAGUUCUAGAGAUUGUUAUAUAAACACGGUAAUUAUUGUUUUAAUCAUUAAUUAAGUUGUAAUUCUACGUUCAGCUCUCGCUAUUUUAAAUUUGUCACCUUCUCAUUCUUGUGUAAAGAUUAACUACAAAAUCUCAAUGUCGGAAUUUGGGUAGCUAACAAAUUGUUAGCUACCCAUAGUAACAAACUUGUUAAGAUAAGUGUACAUAUUAUUCUGUAUAUUUCGGUUUCCUCGUAUUUAGCCUUAAGAAUAUUUAGUUACCAUGUUUAUAGCUAAAUUAGAGGCUAAGCCUAAUCUUGUACACUGUAUAUAUUGCUAAGCAAAGCAAUGUUAUUAAUCACGGAAUAUAAUUCUUUCAUGGUAUCAGUUAGCUAGGGUUUACUUCUCUCGUUUCCGCUCAACCCUAUUUCCGCCCAAAUCCACAGUUUUUUCGUCAUCUUCUUCUCAUCUCCGGCAAUCCUCACGAUGUCAGACAAAUCUUCCCUUCAUCCCGCUUUCACUGUCAACAAUAUCAAGAGUAACAUUCCUGUUAUUCUUCAAAUGGACAAUUCUCAAUAUUUGACUUGGGCGGAACUCUUCAAAGUUCACGCACGUUCUCACAAAGUCCUACACCAUAUCAUUCCUCAGGCCAAGGGCAAGGAGAAGCCUGCUCCCACCACUGACGAGGAGAAGGAAGCAUAGUUGACUUUGGACGCCUCGGUUGUUUCGUGGAUUUACUCUACUAUCUCUAAUGAUCUCUUGACCACCAUUAUUGAGCCCGAUACUACGGCGAUGGAAGCUUGGAAUAGAUUGCGUGACAUAUUUCAAGAUAAUGAGAAUUCCCGCGCCGUUGCUCUUGAACAGGAAUUUUCCACCACAUUAAUGGAAGAUUUUCCUAAUGCCUCUUCAUACUGUCAACGCCUCAAAUCCUUGGCUGAUCAGUUGAAGAACGUCGGUGCUCUGGUGUCGAAUAGUAGAAUGGUAUUACAAUUGGUUGGUGGCCUUGCAAAGGCCUAUGGUGGUGUUGGCACGUUAAUCCGGCAAAGCAACCCACUCCCCCCCUUCUAUAAGGCUCGAUCCAUGCUCAUUCUUGAGGAGACAAGCAUGGCUAAGGAGGUUGCUGCAGAAUCGGCCAUGGUAGCAUCAUCAUAUUCGAAUUCCCCACAAAACUCUGAAAAUACAGGGCAUUCGAAAGGCAAAAAUUUUGGUCGAAAAAAUAACGGUGGACGGCGCAACCCCGGCGGUGGCGGCGCAGGUAGAAGCCGCGGUUCAGGAGGGGGUGGAAAGUCCGGCAAGGGACAGCAGCAGUCCGGUGGCCGUGGCUCCCUACCGCAGCACCAGCAGCAGUACUCUGUUCCUCCAUAUUGGCAGCAGCCGUAUGGACCUUGGGGGUGGACAAAUGGGGCCUGGACCAUUCCACCUUGCCCUUAUCCCAAUCAAGGUUGGGCCAGGCCACAACAGCAACAGCAACGGGCCUCAUCUCCUAGCAUCUUGGGUCCUAGGCCACCGAAUUAUCAACAAGCUUAUGCGACUUCACAACUUGGACAGUCUACACCAACCGAUAUUGAAGCUUCCAUGCACACAAUGUCUCUAGCUCCACCGGACCCGUCUUGGUAUAUGGAUACCGGAGACACUACUCACAUGACAUCUUCUUCCGGUAAUUUCUCGUCUUAUUUUAAUUUGAGCAAUCAUCCUAAUAAUGGCAUUGUUGUUGGUAAUGGUAACAAUAUUCCGAUUGUUGGCUAUGGUACUUCCAGUCUACCCUCCCCUAACCCUCCCCUUUCCUUGAAAAAUGUCCUGCAUGCACCCAAACUCAUCAAAAAUCUCAUUUCUGUUCGAAAGUUUACUACUGAUAAUUUAGUGUCUGUCGAAUUUGAUCCGUUUGGGUUUUCUGUGAAGGAUUUUUGGACGGGGAUGCCAAUAAUGAGGUGUAAUAGUCAAGGAGAUCUUUACCCUAUCACCACCACUCUCAACAAUUAAGCUACUCCAUCCAUUUUUGCUGCCAUCACUCCUAAGCUUUGGCAUGAUCGCUUGGGUCAUCCGGGGGCUCCUAUCUUAGAUGCUCUUAGGAAAAAUAAUAGCAUUGAUUGUACUAGUUGUUCUAGUUCCAGUAUUUGUGGUUCUUGUAUUCUUGAAAAACAUAUUAAAUUGCCAUUUUCUUCACCUUUGUCGAGUACUAUUAUGCCUUUUGACAUUAUUCAUAGUGAUUUGUGGUCUUCUCCUAUUUUGAGUUC